ACAAACCCCAAUACCCAGCUGUAAGAGAGAGAGAGAGAGAGAGGGUCAGACAGAGUGAGAGAGGGAAAGAACUCGGCACAGAGAGCGAGAGAAAGAGAGAGAGAGAUCCAGAGCUGCUGAGGAACUGAGAUGGAGAAGAUCUACUGAGAGAACAAAUCUAAAGAGAGGAUUUAAACACUGUUUUAUUAUUAAUCAUUUAAUUUAUCUGAUUAAUAAGAAGAUCUGCAGACAGACAGACGGGGAGUUGGACAGUCGUAGACUGGACACCAUAAACGACUGAACUUGAGAGAGUAGAGUAACGUGAGGAGGAACGUGAGGAGUUUGUUCUGAGUGUGUGAGAGUGAGCGAGUGUGUGAUGGCUGUGGAGAUCUGCUGCUGGACGAGUGCAGGAGUGUGUGUCGUCCAGAAAAGUGAAGAGGAAGGCUGAGGACCCCCUGAACCCCAGCAGAUACGGACGAGAAUGAGCGGAGAUGUUCUCUAGCUGACCUCCUGCAGCGAGACAGAAGCGUGGAUUGCUUUAAUCACACAAUAUUUCUGAUUAUUUUUCGAUAUUGGAAAUUAUCGGCUUCUUACAGAUCUUCCAGACCUUCAGUGAGGUUCUAAACGGGCACCACAGUUCUCUCUUGCUGCUAAUUCCAGACUGUCAUCGCUGAUUUAGUGGAGAUACCUCAUAAAGCAUGAUGGAUAUCAAUAAAAAACAUUCUGAUUUUAACAGAUUUUAGAAAUCACAGUUGGGAUUUUGAGAUCUUGAGAUUUCACAAUGCCUUGAAUCGUUCCUAAAGGAAUCCUUAUACAUAUAUAUAAUCAACUGAUUAAAGACGCUUGGAGCUGAUAUUCCUGUGCGAGAGAGUGUGAGAAAGAGAGUGUGUGUGUGAGAGUGUGUGUUGAAGGCGCAUGGCCGUGGGCAGGCUGUUGCUGGUGGCGGUGGCGGUGGCCCUGGCCUCGCUGCUGCUGAACGCCACGGCGGCUCUGGGCUCGGGCUGGGUUCUGCAGGCGCUGGAGGACGGGCGGAGGCGCAGCGUGGGUCUCUGGAGGGUGUGCCUCCACAGCAGCGAUGCAGAGGUGGGCACCCAGGCCCAGCCGCGCCCGCACCCACCCUGCCAGGCUCUGGGCUGGGGGGCAGACCUCUCUGGGUACCAGGAGUCCCGCAGCACCGUCAAACUUCAGUUUGACAUGAUGCGAGCCUGUAACCUGAUGGCGACGGUGGCUCUGACGGUGGGUCAGCUGAUCUUCCUGCUGGGGCUUCUGAAGAUAAAGCACUUUACCCAGGAUUCUCAGUGGUGGGAGGAGGCCAUCGCUGCCCUGUUCCAGCUGGCCAGUUUUGUUCUGGUUAUUGGUCUGGUGUCGUUCUACAGGAUCGGUCCGUACACACACCUCUCCUACUCCUGCUACAUCAACAUCACCGCCUGCUUGCUGGCCACGCUGGCCGCCGCCAUGCUCAUCUGGAACAUCCUCCAUCGCCGUGACGACUGCCUGACCCCGCCCGUCAUCGUCAUCAGCCGAACGCUCGCCAUGCCCUUCAGACCGCGCCUCGACAACGAUUACGUGGAGUCGCCGUGCUGACACACGUUCACCUUCUAACAGCAGCAGCUCCGCACCUGAACACCCUGAUAUAUUAACACCUGACGGAGAAAACUGAAGAACCCUGAGGAACCCUGAGGAACCCUGAGGAAGGACCAUUAACAUACUCUGAAUUCUGCUCAGUCCUGCUGGAGUCUCACACACACACAAACACACACAGGCGCACACACACACACACACACACACACUAAAUGUGUAGAAUACCGAAACUUGCCUUUGUGCUACACGUGUUACUGAAGGUUCUAUUACAGUCUUCUACUAGAUGUAGUCAGCAUUUCUCAGCCACUACACUAUAGAAUAAAGUAUCAAGCUGAAGGACCUUUUAUAUACAGCUGAGAAAUGCAGCCAACAUUCAGAGUGAUUUUAAGGAUGCAACUGGUGUGCAAGGCAGCCGACAAGACGUUAAAAACAAAUAUAUCAUUUACCUCUAGCCUAAAAGCUAUAUAUCAUGUCAAUAUCAUAAAUAAAUUAGGCUUAAAUUCAGGGUUUAUGGCAUUUUACAGACUUUUAGUACAGCAGCAUUUUAUCACAGAGUUUCAGUGGUCCAUUGUGUGCAUCCGUUCACUUCUUAAUUCACUUAUUACCAGUGAAACAAUGUAAGAAGUUCAGAAACCAAACCCCUGUAGUGGAUCCUGCAACAUUAUCUAUCUAUCUAUCUAUCUAUCUAUCUAUCUAUCUAUCUAUCUAUCUAUCUAUCUAUCUAUCUAUCUAUCUAUCUAUCUAUCUAUCUAUCUAUCUCUCUCUCUCUCUCUCUCUCUCUCUCUCUCUCUCUCUCUCUCUCUCUCUCUCUCUCUCUCUCUCUCUCUCUCUCUCUCUCUCUCUCUCUCUCUCUCUCUCUCUCUCUCUCUCUGUCUCUCUCUCUCUGUCUCUCUCUCUCUGUCUCUCUCUCUCUGUCUCUGUCUCUCUCUCUCUGUCUCUCUCUCUCUGUCUCUCUCUCUCUGUCUCUCUCUCUCUGUCUCUCUCUCUCUGUCUCUCUCUCUCUCUCUCUCUCUCUCUCUCUCUCUCUCUCUGUCUCUCUCUCUC